AGAUCUUAUACAAAGAGAAUAGAAUUAGUCAAAUCAACAAAUUCUAUCCUCUAUAUGUAAUCCACACGAUGAUCAUGUACGAAAUUUAUUUAUCAAUCAAGAUGGCAAGAUCGUUGUCAAAUUCGAUAAUUACCCAGCCAAGGACGCAACCACUGAAAUCUAGGCAUACUGUUACUGACUCUCGUUGAUGCAGAAACCAUUGUUGUGAUCACAAUUGCAUUCCAUUGAGCACUUCCCAGGUUUGUAAGUCAAGAGGGAUGAGAAGUUGGCGAAGGCGGCGAGAAUGGAUAGCGAGGGGAAGGGGGCAGAUGGGGACGGCGGCGGGAAUGGAUUGCAAGAGGGACUGUACUGGUUCGGUGUCGGCUGCGGUUUCGGUCAACCCGUACCGCAAAACCGCAAACCGUUUAAGAAUUAUACCGCAAUUGAAACCACAAUCUUAAUUGUGCCCUUUGGAUUGACCGCAUAAGCGAUUUGGAGCGGGCGGAGCGGUUUGGACCGCACCAACGCCCACUGAUGACUCGAUAUUUGCACAUGUUUUCCCCUUUGUUUCUUGAUCAUUUAAGCUUGCAUUGUCACUUCUUUGGCCUAUUUUAUGCUAGGUUGUGUUCAUUUGUCACAUUUCAGGCCCUAGCACAUAAAGUGAAGCGUAGGCACAACUUUCAAGUCAAUCGGAGUCAUUUGGCAAUUCGGGAGAAGAAACACGAGCAUGACCUGAGGAAUAAUGGAUUUCUACCUCAUAUAAUGGACAAAUUAUCAUGAAAAUUUGUUAUGAAAAGAAAGAGGACGAGACUACGAGCGUCUGGGUUCAAACGGCGACUGAUUUGGAGUCCGGACGAGGGAGAAACGAAGCUUUGAACAGGAGCAGAGGAAGAAUUACGGGCAGGAUAAUUACGACCGUAAUUUCCCCUCCCAUGCCCGUAUUUUCACUGCCGAGAGGAGCUUUGGGUGCGCUGAAACUUAACCAAAACGCGUGUUUUGGGCAAAAUACGGGCAUGGAAGAAUUAUGACCGUAAUUCAGCCCGUAAUUCGCCCAGAAUCGGGUUUUUGAGGCAGAUUCGAGCCAAAGGAAAGAGAGAGCUGGGGUUUUGGUUCCAAAACACCCAAGGGACGAACCCUAGAGAGAGAGAGCGACUUGGGAACAUUCUUGGAGCUAUUUUGGGGGAUUUCUUCGCCAUUGGAGCUCGGGAAUCAAGCUUGGAGAUGGAGAUUGAAGAUCUAGAUCAGAUUUCUGCAGUCUCUCUCUUCUCUAUGGAGUAACUUCCCUUCACUUAGGUUUUGAGGAACCCUAGUUCCAUGAGUUAGGAUCUUUCUUGUAUGAAGUUUUGGAUGCUAUAUUGUUUGAUUAUAAUCGAAUGAUGCAUGAUUAUUGAGUCAAUUGAAGUCUGAUCAACUUUUCCUGAUUUCUGCUGCAACUUGAGAUAGAUAGAAUCUGAUUAGGUUGCUAGAGUCUCAUCAUUCGGUAGUAGGAGAUUGGCUAUACGAGAGUUAGUCAGUUUACUGCUUUGCACUGGAAUCCAAUUCCAGUAGUGGAGUUCUGUGCUUAUUGCUUCAGCUUUCUAUCCCGGUGAAGACUAGCCGUCUGCCGGAUAGUUAGACUGAGAGGGCUUGGUCAGCUUAAGAGAUUCCAAGCUACUGUCGGAUCUUCCGCAGUUUAAUCAACAGUAAAACAACCAAAAGGAAUUACAACUUGGACCUAAUUGAGGAGCUAGGGGGAAUCAUACCUAAGUGAGUUCACAACUUGUAAUUAGUAGAGUAGUUUAUAAAUCAAUCCUUAAUCUAGUUUGAUAGAUAAUGAACUGAAGCUGAGUAAUAGUAACUCUAGAGACCCGUGGAUUUGAUAUUUAUUACUUGUGCACUAUACUGCAGUCCCUUUCAUUGGUUACACUUGGCCAUUGUUAGGUGUUGUGUUUUAGAGCAUCAAGUUUUUGGCGCCGUUGCCGGGGACUUUCUAGAUUAUUAGGAAAGGCAGAAGUUUGUUACUUUAGCAUUUUUCUUUUCUUUUCCACCCUUGCUUUUCACUUGUGUGUUUUUUGUUUUUGUUGGUGCAGAUCUGAAUCAUGGAUCCUCAUGGCUUCUCCAACCAUUGGGGGUAUCCACCACCAUCCGAGUGGUAUUACCCCGAGACUCCCUGGAGCAAUCAACGAGGAGAAGACUUUGGAUUCGGGUUCCAGUACCAACCCCCUUACUACGGAGAACAAUCAGACCCCUGGGCAUAUCAAGAACAAUCUCAUUACCAAGAAGACUUUCUCCCACAACCAGAAGGGCCAUCAGAGCUGGAGUUAGCCAUGGAGGCCUUCACGGGCCACUCUGCAGAGCCAUGCUACACUUCACUGGAAGAUCCGAACAAACAAUUAAGGCUUCUCGUGGAGCAGUUUGCUCGAGACACUGAGAAAUCAUGCUCCAAGAUGGAUAUUCAAAUCAAAGCCCUUGCCACUUUCGAUCCCUCAUUUCUCCAUGAUAUGGAGGAGACUGUUCAGCACUCAGCGAAGCAAACAGAGUGGGUGGAGCAAAUUUGCUCACAUCUUGCUCAAGAUCACCUUUCUGCUACCACGCUAGAAGAGGUGGAGGAUGACAAAGGCUAUGGGGAUGUUGAGGAGCAUACAGAAGUUAUCACAGAGAACUCCCAUGAUAAUCAUGAUCAGGAAAGUCCUAUGGUUGCAGAUCACACAAUUCCUUAUUUCUGCUCUAACAUGCUGGGCCCGAGCGAGGAGAUGCAAGAUGAUCUCAUUGAAGAAAUUACAUGGCGACUUGCUCUCCAAUCUGUGCUAGAAGAAGAAGAGCAAGAAAGGGUGCAGAAAGAAGUUGUGGAGGAUGACGAAAGUGAAGCAGGAGGAGUUGUUGAUCAUUUCCCAGGGGUGAUAACACAUGAAGAAGAAAGGGGGGUUGAAGAAGCAAUUGGCGUCCAGGCUGAGAACGGAGUUAAGGUGGAAGAGGCCUGCACCGGCCAUGAGUUGCAAGUGAUAUCCCCACCAAACUUUGAGGAACUACUUAGCAAUGACCCAUUUGCAGUGUCUCUUUGCCAGACCAAGGCCACAUCAACAUCGGUCCCUCUUGGUGGACGCGAUGGUGGCCAAUCGAUGCUGUCAUAUCUGGUUUGGGGAAAUGAGACGAGAGAAGAGAAGAAGAGGUCUCGAGGGUGGAGACUUCAUCUGCAUCAAGUACAUGAGCCUUCAUCACCUGCCACACCACAUGCUCGUGACUUGAGACUCCACCUCAUCGACGAGAACCUCAACUUCAAGGAGGUUCUAGCAUGGACCGAAACUUAGGAGCCAUCGUCUGGCUCACGACGUGAAAGAAGCGCUUGUUGGGAGGCAACCCAACUAGUCGGUUUGCAUUUCUUUCUCUAUUUCUCCUCGGUUGAGUCGGUUUUGUUAUUUGAUUUUAGAGUCAAUAACUCAACCUUUGUGAGAUUUUAUGAGGUGUUUGUGUUCUGACUACUCUCUCCUCCUGGAAUGCACCGCCUGCCCCGUCCACCAUCAUUCACCCUUGAUAUGGUAACUUCGUUCUACCCUCCUUAUCUUUCCUCCAUUGAGGACAAUGUCGUGCUUAAGUGUGGGGGGGAUGUUCGAUUAUGUAUGCGGGAGAAUGUUUGGCUGUUUGUGUGCUUGGAGCCUAGUCCACUGUCCAAAUUUUUAAAUUUGAGGGCUCCAAGUACGUGUUUCCUUGCAAAUUACCUACUCAGUAUGCUUUGAAUUGACAGUCUCUAUAGUAAUGUGCAACCUAGGGAGGUAGUGUAGCACUAUGAAGGAUGUUGAAGUAUAAGAUUUUUCCUAUCUUGCUCACUGCUGUGCCAGUUGAUUUUGUGAAUUAGUGGAGCUAGGACCGUUGAAUUCAUGUGAUAAUGGUGACUCUAUUGGGAUUGUGUUAUGGACUCGUGUAUCGAACAGGGGUGCUCAUGUGGAAAAUGGAAAGCAGUUGGUCCUCCAUGUCUAAAUCAUCAAAAAUCUUAAACAUGGGGUAAGCCCAAUGUGUGUGGCACCGUUCAUUGCACAAAAUCGGGUAUUGGAAGAGAUUUUAGUGAUCCUUAGUGGGGUACUCCUACAAGGUGAAGCUAAGCUAUCUCUAGUACAAGUAAAAUUUUCACCCGUUGAACGGUUUGCCUACUCGAGGAUGUGUUUUUAAGGGCACGGAUAGAGCUUCCGACCCCCCUUAAUUUCAUUGACCCUCCACACAAGUUGAGGAAAAGGAGUUAAAAGAAGUACUCUGGCGAGCGCCAGAUGUACAGAAAUUGCUCUUGCUCGACUAAUAAGGGUCGACCGUGCAAAAGACUGCAGUUGGAACCCCCGCUAAGUGAAUAAAAAGAAAAAAAAAGUAAGUAAAAUGAAAGUGAAAAUGGGGUUCCAACGGUGAAAUGAAGUGAAAGAGCACCCCGGUACAACGAGUCAUUGGUUGUGAAUGGUGUGAGUCCCUUUAUCCAUGAACUGACUGUCUUACUUCUACUUCUUCUCAUGGUCCUGGCUUGAGUCUAGUACUCGUAUUGAGAGAGAUAGGGAACGUCUUAGAAGACCACUUGACCUCGUAAGCUGCUAUAUGAUCUAGGAAAUCCUCUACCGACGAUCGGGGUUGUUUGUUGCUAUAGAGGUGUGGAGAGUUGCAUUGGUUUGAGUCAUGUUUGCUUGGGGACAAGCAAACAGUUAAGUGUGGGGGGAUUUGAUGACUCGAUAUUUGCACAUGUUUUCCCCUUUGUUUCUUGAUCAUUUAAGCUUGCAUUGUCACUUCUUUGGCCUAUUUUAUGCUAGGUUGUGUUCCUUUGUCACAUUUCAGGCCCUAGUACAUAAAGUGAAGCGUAGGCGCAAGUUUCAAGUCAAUCGGAGUCAUUUGGCAAUUCGGGAGAAGAAACACGAGCAUGACCUGAGGAAUAAUGGAUUUCUACCUCAUAUAAUGGACAAAUUAUCAUGGAACUUUGUUAUGAAAAGAAAGAGGACGAGACUACGAGCGUCUGGGUUCAAACGGCGACUGAUUUGGAGUCCGGACGAGGGAGAAACGAAGCUUUGAACAGGAGCGGAGGAAGAAUUACGGGCAGGAGAAUUACGACCGUAAUUUACCCUCCCAUGCCCGUAUUUUCACUGCCGAGAGGAGCUUUGGGUGCGCUGAAACUAAACCAAAACGCGUGUUUUGGGCAAAAUACGGGCAUGGAAGAAUUACGACCGUAAUUCAGCCCGUAAUUCGCCCAGAAUCGGGUUUUUGUGGCAGAUUCGAGCCAAAGGAAAGAGAGAGCUGGGGUUUUGGUUCCAAAACACCCAAGGGACGAACCCUAGAGAGAGAGAGCGACUUGGGAACAUUCUUGGAGCUAUUUUGGGGGAUUUCUUCGCCAUUGGAGCUCGGGAAUCAAGCUUGGAGAUGGAGAUUGAAGAUCUAGAUCAGAUUUCUGCAGUCUCUCUCUUCUCUAUGGAGUAACUUCCCUUCACUUAGGUUUUGAGGAACCCUAGUUCCAUGAGUUAGGAUCUUUCUUGUAUGAAGUUUUGCAUGCUAUAUUGUUUGAUUAUAAUCGAAUGAUGCAUGUUUAUUGAGUCAAUUGAAGUCUGAUCAACUUUUCCUGAUUUCUGCUGCAACUUGAGAUAGAUAGAAUCUGAUUAGGUUGCUAGAGUCUCAUCAUUCGGUAGUAGGAGAUUGGCUAUACGAGAGUUAGUCAGUUUACUGCUUUGCACUGGAAUCCAAUUCCAGUAGUGGAGUUCUGUGCUUAUUGCUUCAGCUUUCUAUCCCGGUGAAGACUAGUCGUCUGCCGGAUAGUUAGACUGAGAGGGCUUGGUCAGCUUAAGAGAUUCCAAGCUACUGUCGGAUCUUCCGCAGUUUAAUCAACAGUAAAACAACCAAAAGGAAUUACAACUUGGACCUAAUUGAGGAGCUAGGGGGAAUCAUACCUAAGUGAGUUCACAACUUGUAAUUAGUAGAGUAGUUUAUAAAUCAAUCCUUAAUCUAGUUUGCUAGAUAAUGAACUGAAGCUGAGUAA